UAGUCUAAUGAGUGAAAUCCAAAAAUGAGUUGUUUAUUAAUGAGUGAAAUCCAAGUUUUACACUACUUCGAAGUGAAGUAGAAAGGAAAAAUUAAAGAAAUGAGUGAAAUCCCAGUGGCAGCUGUAUCUCCUUCCUCCAACAAAAGCAGAAUGUUGUAGUUGUAUCACCACCACUCUAGUCGGCGGCGCCUCUGCCAACCACCUCCCUCUAGUCGGCGGCGCCUUUGCCAACCACCUCUCCUUCUCUGCUGCUGCUAUUCUCGGAUAAUACGAAUUUCACAACACCAAAACAAAGCUAACAGAAGCUAUUGAUAGAGUUUGAAUCAAGCAAACACGAUAAUGAAGAUGAAGCUGGUGUUUCCUCCUCAUAGGAUCUUCUCUUCGCGAGCUAGUGGUGUUGCUGAGCUUGACGAGGACGUGGAACAGUGGCCUCAUCUGCAUGAACUUGUCCAAUGCUACAGAGCUGAUUGGGUUAAAGAUGAAAAUAAGUAUGGACAUUAUGAGAGCAUUGGUCCAACUACAUUUCAAAAUCAGAUAUAUGAAGGGCCUGACACCGACAUUGAAACAGAGAUGCAUCUUGCUGAGGCCAGACAAAUUGAAAAUGAAGAUGUUACUGAUGAAGAAUUACCAAGCACAUCCGGAAGGCCGUUUGGAGAGCAUCUUGGUUUCUCCCCGUUGCCUGCUUAUGAACCAGCAUUUGACUGGGAGAGUGAGAGGUCUAUGGUAUUUGGUCAAAGACUUCCAGAAACUCAAGUACAAUAUGGAAGUGGAUUGAAGAUCUCUGUCAAAGUUCUGUCCCUUUUGUUUCAAGCUGGAUUAGCUGAACCAUUCUAUGGUACUAUUUGCUUAUACAACAAAGAGAAAAAAGAAAAGUUAUCAGAAGACUUCAUUUUUCAGGUGCUCCCUACAGAAAUGGAAAAUUCUGGGAUUUCAAAUGAAUCUCGAGCAAUAUUCUACUUAGAUGCUCCUUCAGCAUCAGUUUGCUUGUUGAUCCAGCUAGAGAAGCCUGCCACUGAAGAAGGAGGCAUCACUUCCUCUGUCUACUCCCGAAAAGAACCAAUACAGCUGAGUGAGAGAGAGAGGCAGAAAUUGCAGGUCUGGUCUCGAAUCAUGCCUUUCAGAGAGUCAUUUGCUUGGGCUAUGGUACCAUUAUUUGACCACAGCAUCGCUGGAACCUCUGGUGGAACUGCUUCUCCCAGUAGCCCUCUGGCACCAAGUGUUUCUGGUUCCAGUUUCCACGAGGGCGUAUCAGAGUCUACUGCGAAGAUCACUUUAGAUGGGAAGAUGGGUUAUUUGAGUGGGAGCUCAAUCGUUGUUGAAAUAUCAAACUUGAACAAAGUCAAAGAGAGCUACACAGAGGAUUCUCUGCAGGACCCCAAAAGAAAGAUCCACAAGCCUGUUAGAGGCAUGUUGAGACUGGAGAUUGAGAAGCUUCACGCUGGGCAUCUUGACUUUGAAAACAUCUCAGAGAGUGGCAGUAUGGCUAAUGAAUCCUUUGAUAUGGGGGAGGGUAUUCAUGGUUUAUCACAGGUUCCAGGUAAUGAUGUGGAUAGGUGUCAGAGCACCAGAUCAAAACAAUGUUUUGCCGAUGGAAACGAAUCUGCUCGAAAUGGGUUAAAAGCCCAUGAGAACCAGGAUUUCCAGACAGAUGAAUUCCAUGCCUUUGACUUCCGUGCAACUACGAGGAAUGAGCCUUUCUUGCAGCUUUUCCACUGUCUCUAUGUGUAUCCUUUGACUGUUAGUCUGAGUCGAAAAAGGAAUCUAUUCAUACGAAUAGAACUUCGGAAGGAUGAUACUGAUAUUCGCCGACAGCCUUUGGAGGCAACAUACCCUAGGGAGCCUGGCGCAUCACUGGAGAAGUGGGCUCAUACACAAGUUGCUGUUGGUGCAAGGGUGGGUUGCUAUCAUGACGAAAUUAAAGUCUCUUUACCACCUAUGUGGACUCCACUGCAUCAUCUUCUGUUCACCUUCUUCCAUGUCGACCUUCAAACCAAAUUGGAAGCUCCGAAACCGGUUGUGAUUGGCUAUGCUGCACUUCCACUGUCUACAUAUGCUCAGUCAAGAUCUGAAAUUUCACUGCCGAUCAUGAGAGAACUUAUUCCACAUUAUCUUCAAGAUGCGGGGAAGGAGAGGCUUGACUAUCUGGAGGAUGGGAAGAAUGCCUUCAGAUUGCGAUUGAGAUUAUGUUCUUCCUUGUAUCCUGCAAAUGAACGCAUUAGGGAUUUCUUUCUCGAGUAUGAUAGGCACAUCCUUCGAACAAGCCCUCCUUGGGGAUCUGAGCUUCUUGAGGCUAUUAACAGUUUCAAGAAUGUGGAUUCCACUGCCUUGCUUCAGUUUCUUCAUCCAAUACUAAAUAUGCUUCUCCAUUUGAUUGGGAAUGGUGGAGAAACUCUUCAGGUUGCUGCCUUUAGAGCUAUGGUUAAUAUCUUGACUCGAGUCCAGCAAGAAUCGGCAGAUGAUGCAGAGAGAAAUCGUUUUCUAAUUAGCUAUGUUGAUUAUGCUUUUGAUGACUUUGGUGGUCGUCAAUUGCCAGUUUAUUCUGGUCUUUCUACUGUGUGGGGAAGCUUAGCACGUAGUAAGGCAAAAGGCUACCGCGUGGGACCGGUAUAUGAUGAUGUCUUGGCAAUGUCUUGGUUUUUCCUUGAGCUUAUUGUGAAGUCAAUGGCUUUGGAACAAAUACGACUUCUAAAUCAUACCCUUCCCUCAGGUGAAGAUGUUCCACCAAUGCAAUUGAAAGAAGGUGUUUUCAGGUGCAUUAUGCAGCUCUAUGAUUGUCUAAUCACUGAAGUACAUGAGCGAUGCAAAAAAGGGUUGAGCUUAGCAAAGCGUUUGAAUAGUUGCUUGGCCUUCUUUUGCUAUGACCUAUUGUCUAUUAUUGAGCCUCGGCAAGUUUUCGAGUUGGCAUCCUUGUAUCUUGAUAAGUUUUCAGGGUUGUGUCAAUCUGUUCUUCAUGACUGUAAGCUUACCUAUUUACAGAUCAUAUGCGAUCAUGAUCUUUUUGUCGAAAUGCCAGGACGGGACCCGUCAGAUAGGAACUAUCUUGCAUCUGUGCUGAUACAGGAGCUUUUCCUCACCUUAGAUCACGAUGAUCUGUCACUGAAGGCUAAAGGAGCUAGAAUCUUAGUGGUUCUCAUGUGCAAACAUGAAUUUGAUUCUCGCUACCAGAAGCCCGAAGAUAAACUAUAUAUAGCACAACUCUACUUUCCGCUGAUCAGCCAGAUACUUGAUGAAAUGCCUGUAUUUUACAAUCUCGGUGCUGCUGAAAAGCGUGAAAUAUUGAUUGUUGUUUUACAAAUUGUACGGAAUCUGGAUGAUGCAUCUCUGGUAAAAGCCUGGCAGCAGAGCAUUGCAAGAACCAGAUUAUUUUUCAAAGUUAUAGAGGAAAGCUUAAUCCUUUUUGAGCAUAAAAAACCAGCAGAUGGUAUGAUCAUUGGAAAUAGUUCUCGAAGUAUCGUGGCGGAUGGAACUGCGUCCCCUAAGUACUCAGACAGGCUGUCUCCAGCCAUCAACAACUAUCUCUCUGAGGCAUCACGACAAGAGCCUCAUAGAACGCCAGAGAAUUAUUUGUGGCAGAGAGUAAACUCUCAAUUAAGUUCUCCAAGCCAACCCUAUUCCUUGAGAGAAGCUCUUGCUCAAGCACAGUCCUCCAGGAUAGGAACUUCUGCCCAAGCACUGAGGGAAUCAUUGCAUCCAAUGCUGAGACAGAAGCUGGAACUUUGGGAGGAGAAUUUGUGUGCUUCUGUUAGUCUUCAAGUUCUUGAAAUUAUUGAGAAGUUCUCUAAAACCGCUGCAGCACAUGGAAUUGCAACAGAUUACGGGAAACUUGAUUGCAUCACUUCCAUAUUCACAAGUUUCUUCUCAAGGAAUCAGCCACUUGAUUUCUGGAAAGCUCUUCUGCUGGUGUUUAACAGUAUAUUGAGCUCCCAUGGAUCAACACUAAUGUCACGUGAAAAUGACCGUUUUCUUAAACAAAUUGCAUUCCAUCUUCUUCGUCUUGCUGUCUAUAGAAAUGAAAACAUCCGAAAAAGGGCAGUAGUGGGGCUUCAGAUUCUCGUAAGGAGCUCUUUCUGUCACUUCAUGCAGACUACGAGGCUUAGAGUCAUGUUAACCAUUACAUUGUCAGAGUUAAUGUCGGAUGUACAAACUACUCUGAUGAAGCCUGAUGGAAGUCUUGAAGAGAGUGGUGAAGAACAGAGACUCCGUCAAUCCUUGGAGGAAAUGGCAGAUGAAGUGAAAAGCCCUAGUUUGCUGAGGGAUUGUGGUCUUCCCGAGUCUGCAUUGACAGCUAUUCCAGAAAGGUCUACUGAGAACAGGUGGUCCUGGUCAGAAGUUAAACAUCUCUCUGACAAUCUAACUCUGGCUCUCGAUGCAAGCCUGGAACACGCACUUCUGGGCCCUGUAAUGAAUAUUGAUAGAUAUGCUGCUGCAGAAAGCUUUUACAAACUUGCAGUAGCAUUCGCUCCAGUUCCAGAUCUUCACAUAAUGUGGCUACUGCAUCUAUGUGAUGCACAUCAGGAAAUGCAAUCCUGGGCUGAAGCAGCAGAGUGUGCAGUUGCUGUUGCAGGUGUUGUUAUGCAGGCCCUAGUUAGUAGAAAUGAUGGUGUAUGGAGCAAAGAGCAUGUUGCUGCUCUGCGUAAAAUAUGUCCUAUGGUCAACAUUGAGAUCAGUUCUGAGACAGCUGCUGCUGAGGUGGAGGGAUAUGGUGCUUCAAAGCUUACUGUUGAUUCUGCUGUGAAAUACCUGCAGCUUGCAAACAAGCUGUUUUCUCAAGCAGAGCUAUAUCACUUCUGUGCUAGCAUUCUAGAAUUGGUGAUUCCAGUAUAUAAAAGCAGAAGGGCAUAUGGACAGCUUGCCAAAUGCCACACAAUGCUGACUAGUAUUUAUGAAUCUAUCCUUGAACAAGAAGCAAGCCCAAUUCCCUUUGCUGAUGCUACAUAUUAUAGGGUAGGCUUUUAUGGUGAGAAAUUUGGAAAGCUGGAUAAAAAAGAGUAUGUAUAUAGAGAGCCCCGUGAUGUAAGGCUUGGUGACAUCAUGGAAAAGCUUAGCCAUACAUAUGAAGCCAGGAUGGAUGGUAAUCACAGGCUUCAUAUUAUUCAAGAUUCUAGACAAGUAAAGGCGGAUGAAUUGCAGCCCGGUGUCUGUUACUUGCAGAUUACUGCUGUUGAUCCUGUUAUGGAAGAUGAAGACCUAGGAAGUAGGAGGGAGAGGAUAUUCUCCCUUUCCACUGGAAGCGUGCGUGCUCGUGUUUUUGAUCGGUUUUUGUUUGAUACACCCUUUACUAAAAACGGGAAGACACAAGGUGGAUUAGAGGACCAGUGGAAACGGCGAACUGUUCUUCAAACCGAAGGCUCAUUUCCUGCUCUUGUUAACAGGCUUUUGGUUAUAAAAUCUGAAUCUAUGGAGUUCUCACCUGUCGAAAAUGCGAUUGGAAUGAUUGAAACACGGACAGCUGCACUUCGAAAUGAGCUUGAAGAACCUCGAAGCUCUGAAGGGGACCAGUUGCCACGUCUACAGAGCCUACAAAGAAUACUGCAAGGCAGUGUGGCCGUUCAAGUGAACAGUGGAGUGUUGAGUGUGUGUACUGCUUUUCUCUCAGGUGAACCUGCAACUAGGCUUCGUUCACAGGAGCUACAGCAACUCAUUGCCGCACUCCUUGAAUUUAUGGCUGUUUGUAAGAGGGCAAUUAGAGUACACUUCAGGUUGAUUGGAGAGGAAGACCAGGAAUUCCACACACAGCUUGUAAAUGGAUUUCAAUCUCUUACAGCUGAGUUAUCUCACUACAUUCCCGCCAUUCUAUCAGAGCUCUAACAGUCUUGUUCAUCGUUUGUUGUGUUCAUAUAUGAAUAUGUAAUCCUCCUUUUUGUUUCUUGCCAUAUGUAGAUGUUUUCAUUUUCCAAUUUGUUUAACAUCAUCUGUAAAAUAAUUCUCUCUCGAUAGCACCAGUACAGUGCAAUAGUUUCCCCAACACUAACGUCAAUAGUCAAAAGCUUUUUCCGGUGUCA